AACUUCGUAUCUUAUUUGGCGUUAGUUUGUGCUACUGGAAAAUGUGUCAGAAAUUGUAAAAGCACGAGAUGAGAUCUUGUUACACGAAGGUGUCAUUAUUGAUAAUAUUUGCCAACUAUUAAAUAUUAACAAUAACAUUAUGUCAGGCACUAAGGUUGACACUAAUAAAGAUGAUAAUCUAAAGAGGCAAGGUUCGUUCAGGAAACUGUUGCCCUUAGAUACUAAUGGAGAUUCUCAAUUAAGUAUGUCUGUGAAAAUGAUCGACAGGCCAACCAUCUCACAGACCAAUAAGGAAUAUUCCAUUUAUUUGCAAGAAUAUAAUAUUUUAUCCGAAUAUAAGAUGUUGUGUUCCCAAGACUUAAAAGGGAUUUAUGUCAUACCAUCGGCACAAAAUUCCUUAUUGUGGUUUGGCGUACAAUUCGUUAGGCAAGGAGUCUAUCAAGGAGGGAUCUUUAGAUUUACAGUUACAUUACCACAAAGUUUUCCAGAUGGUGGAUGUCCUAAAGUCACAUUUCAAACUCCAAUUUUUCAUCCUUUAAUUGAUCCUGCGUCUGGAGAAUUGUGCACUUCAUGGGGAUUUCCUGAAUGGAGGAGAAGUAAUAGAAUUUGGCAAUUAGUACAAUUUGUAACCAAAAUACUCACAAAAGUCGAUAUUAAAAUGAAUCCUGUGAAUCAAGAAGCAUCUAUAUUAUUAGAAAAUAACUUUGAAGAUUUUCGUGAUCGGGUCAAAAAGUGUGUAAAGGAAAGUUUGGAUAAUAUUUAUAAUCCACCUAUGGUGAAUGAUCCUCAUUACAUUGUUUUUGGCCUCUACAGUAGCGAGCUCUAUGAUUCCAUUAAACAAGAAAUUUAUGAACCUAAGGAGGAAGAAGAAGACAAAGCAUUAGGUUUAUCUUGGGUACAACCAGGUUCUUUGCAACCAUUCUCAAAGCCCGAAGCAAGAUAAUGAGUGCUUAUAACAUAAAUUGCAAUAUCGGAACAAUAUACACCUAUAUGAGAUAAAACUGUAUACACAUCGACACAGGGGAUAAUUGAUAAUGUAUUUUUAUAUUAGUAGAAAAUGACAAAUACUAUAUAAUUAUUAGUUACUGUGGUUUAAAGUACAAUACUCUGCAUUGAUACAUACUAGUAUUAGGAUUGGAAAUUGCGUCCUGCUCUAAAUAAUUGUAG